GAGUUGUAAGCAGUAAGCAGCAGCAACACAUUGGCGAGAACAGGGAAGCAGGCGCGCGGCACGGGGACCCGCCGGAAGAAGCAGCGGCGGUAGCAGCUUCAGCGCGAGCUGGACGCAGAGCGAUAAACCACCGGCAGCACGAGCGACACCGAGGCGGUCAGAGGGGCGGAGAGGAGGAGGAGGAGGCACCCGCAUUGCCACUCGUGUUCCCCCCGCUGCCUCCGUCGUCUCUCCCUCCCUCCACAUCUCUCUCUUCAGCUCUCCUCACCCCUCGCUCCUCUCGAACCACCGCUGCCGCUGCUUCCUCGUUUAAGAUGGCUGACCCCAACAGCGACGGAGAGGUACCGGAGAGUGCGCGCGGCUUCGCCCGCCAGGGAGCCCUCCGUCAGAAGAAUGUGCACGAGGUGAAGAACCACAAGUUCAUCGCGCGCUUCUUCAAGCAGCCCACCUUCUGCAGCCACUGCACGGACUUCAUCUGGGGCUUUGGGAAACAGGGAUUCCAGUGCCAAGUGUGCUGUUUUGUAGUCCAUAAACGCUGUCAUGAGUUUGUCACCUUCUCGUGUCCUGGGGCCGACAAGGGACCUGCGUCAGAUGAUCCUCGCAGUAAACACAAGUUUAAGGUCCACACGUACUCCAGCCCCACCUUCUGUGACCACUGCGGCUCCCUCCUCUACGGGCUGUUACACCAGGGCAUGAAAUGUGACCACUGUAUGAUGAACAUCCACAAGCGAUGUGUGGCCAACGUCCCAAGCCUGUGUGGGACAGAUCACACGGAGAGGAGAGGACGCAUCCAGAUCUCUGCUCAGAUCGCCGAGGACACUCUCACCGUCAUCAUCAAAGAGGCGAGGAACCUGGUGCCCAUGGACCCCAAUGGUCUGUCAGACCCGUACGUCAAGCUCAAACUCAUCCCAGAUCCCAAGAGUGAGAGCAAGCAGAAGACCAAGACCAUCAAAUGUUGCCUCAACCCCACCUGGAAUGAGACCUUCACUUUCAACCUAAAGGAAAGUGACAAAGACCGCCGUCUGUCAGUGGAGGUGUGGGACUGGGAUUUGACCAGCAGGAACGACUUCAUGGGAUCCCUCUCCUUUGGCAUCUCAGAGCUACAGAAACAAGGGGUCGAUGGAUGGUUUAAGAUGCUGUCUCAGGAGGAAGGGGAAUACUUCAAUGUUCCUGUGCAGCCAGAUGGAGAGGACGGCAAUGAAGAGCUACGGCAAAAGUUUGAGAGGGCACGGGUCGGUCCAGGCAAGCCCACAGACUCCUCGUCGUCCUCCUCGAUGUACAAGUACGACAGCAACGGCAACCAGGACCGCGUCAAGCUCUCAGACUUCAACUUCAUCAUGGUUCUGGGAAAAGGCAGCUUUGGCAAGGUGAUGCUGGCAGAGAGGAAGGGGACGGAUGAGUUGUACGCCGUCAAGAUCUUGAAGAAAGACGUGGUGAUCCAGGACGACGAUGUGGAGUGCACCAUGGUGGAGAAAAGAGUCCUGGCUCUGGCCGGGAAACCACCCUUCCUCACUCAACUGCACUCGUGUUUCCAAACCAUGGACCGAUUGUACUUUGUGAUGGAGUAUAUAAAUGGAGGAGACCUCAUGUACCAAAUCCAACAGGUCGGCAAGUUCAAGGAGCCUCAUGCUGUUUUUUAUGCUGCAGAAAUUGCCAUUGGACUCUUCUUCCUUCACUCCAAAGGCAUUGUGUAUCGGGAUCUAAAGCUGGACAAUGUGAUGCUGGACUCUGAGGGCCAUAUAAAGAUUGCAGACUUUGGCAUGUGUAAAGAGAACAUGUUGGAUGGCGUUACCACAAAGACUUUCUGUGGAACGCCAGACUACAUCGCUCCAGAGAUUAUAGCUUAUCAGCCUUAUGGGAAAUCUGUGGACUGGUGGGCCUUUGGGGUACUGCUGUAUGAAAUGCUUGCUGGACAGCCGCCUUUUGACGGGGAGGAUGAAGAUGAGCUGUUCCAGUCGAUCAUGGAGCAUCAUGUCUCUUACCCUAAAUCCAUGUCCAAAGAAGCUGUUGCCAUCUGCAAGGGGCUGAUGACCAAACACCCAGGUAAGCGUCUGGGCUGUGGUCCAGAGGGGGAGAGAGACAUCAAGGAGCAUGCCUUCUUCCGUUACAUAGACUGGGAAAAACUGGAAAAUAAAGAGGUUCAGCCGCCUUUCAAACCUAAAUCUUGUGGGCGUGAUGCUGAGAACUUUGAUCGCUUUUUCACACGCCAUCCCCCAGAGCUGACCCCCCCAGAUCAGGAGCUUAUAGCCAACCUGGACCAGGAAGAAUUCCAAGGCUUCUCAUUUGUUAACCCUGAGUACCCUCACACAACUCACUGACCAUGCCACAUAUCACCGAGCUGCACUAGUUAUCCCCUCGACCUCAGAGAGAAUAAAAUCAAAUAAAAAUCACCGUGAUCCAGGCUGCAUUAAUGCGAAACAUUAAAGAAAUAGUUUGGCAUUUUAUUAAACACAUUGGAUUCAUAUCGAUCUCAUUUUUAGACAUUAUUUAGAGUUAUUAGCUUCGUUUAGCAUAGACUCAAAAACCUUCUUCUUAAUAUGGGAAAUAAUGAAGGGACUGAAAGGUGAGUGUCUCAUGUCAAACGAUGAAGCCAAUACAACAUUUAAAGCUAAACUCUCCUCAGCAAAGCAAUACCUGCCAUGUCUUGUUUUUAGUUCUCUUUCACUUAGCGGUACCCACAACGAUCACUGUGACUUCUAAUCAUGGAAGCAAUCCUUCCAUCACUCUCUGCUCUAAUCUUUGUUUGCAGUCCAUACUCCUGCCAUUUUCAAUUGCACAUAAAAAGUGGAAAGCAGUGAAAAUGUCAAAGAAAAAAAGACAUAAACAUUUGGUUUGGAUGAUUUAAUUACACUGUGUUGUUGUGCUCUCAUCCCCUGCAGCGGUUGAACUAUAAUUAGCACGAGUUGUUGGAAAACAGUCAACAGUUAAUUAGCGGAUAUGAGCGUUGCCACAACGCUCCUCUGAAUUUCACAAAGAAAGCAUCAUUUCUGUAAAAUGCCAAACUAUUCCUUUGAAAAUGCAGACAUUAAGGACUUGAGACGUUACGUUGCCAGCAGAGACUAGUCUUGUUUGCAGCAGUGUGCAACACUGUUCUCCGUUUACUGUGGUUUAACAUGUCGUGUUACACUGCUGCUUCUCUAAUAUCAGCUCCGGCUGCGUGUCUGUCGUCAGUGUAGACAUGUCCCGGUUUCUCAGACCGGCGGGGGUUCAUGUCGGACCUCGGGGUCGGCCUGAACUUGACAUGUCUCUAUUUCACCCUCCCUGUCACUGCAUAUACACAAAAACGACCUAUUCAUAACAUCCCGACGUGUACUUUUACCACAUUAUUGCUCCAGUGUGAGUUUAAAAAAAACGGACCUGUUUCUUUCCCUAUGUGGACGUUAUUUUUGUCAUUUUGACCAAAUACUCCUUCACCUAGUGUUCAGUCAGUGUUGUGGUGAUAUAAAAAUGAUUUGAUUUUAACUGAGGAUGGAAGUCUUUAUACAUUGCAAGAGUGUAAAUCUGCGUCAAGAGAGUUUUGACUGAAAGCUCGUUACUUUUUCUACUUAUCCAUCACUGAAAACAGUCACACUGUGUUUUUAAUGACAGACAGCAUAUCUUUCAGCUUGUUGGCAACCAAUAUGUCACUCAUGAUGAAGCCCAUAGAGUCUUGUGAGUCUACAGAAACAGGAUGUUCAGAAGUGCCAAAAAGAGUGUUCAGAAUCAUACUGAGAAAAAAAGAAAUACUGCCCUCAACAACUAGUAGGAAGGGCAGCCAUCUUGUGCCAUUUUGCAGUACAUGUAUAAUUAUUAGAAUAUGCAUUAUAAGUACUCUCUUCUCGAACAAUGUAUGGCCCCGGGGAAAUCCUUUUCAUUUAUGAUAUGAACUGUCUGAGAGGACAAGUGUUUCAUUGUGUCAGGUUGUACUUUUUCUUUUGUAACUGUGUAAUGAUGCAAGGUAGUAACGUGUCAAAUCUUGUUUAUUGAGCUUGUAUCACAAAAGCAGCAUGGUGACAUCGAAGAUUUGUUUCUGUUGUACAAAAAUGCUUGCUGAUAAAAGAUGAUGAAAAAAGUCAGAGCUUGUUGUGAUGAUGGUAAAGGUGACUAAUCGAUGGCGGCUUAAGGAGAGGAAAUCACAAAGGAGAAAAAAAAGGAUAUAUAUUGCGUUCUAUAUCGGAGAGUUUCUUGGAUAAAUUGUUCAGAAUGAGAGAUGCUACUGUAGAUUGUGUAAUUGUCCUGUAUGAGUGGAAGCUGAUAAUAUACUCACUGGUGCCUACCAGA